UAUGAAUUCUGAAUAAACUAAAUAGUUGUAAGAGUGGAAAUUAAAAUACAUAAAGUUGAAUCCAAUAUUGCUUAUUUUAAUGGGUAUGAUUAAUUAAACUAAUUCAGGAUUGGUAUUAAUUGCAUUUGGAAUUGUAUCACAAACAGUUGAUAUAGAAUAUGAAUAUAUAUCAACUAGAUAUGAUGAAAUUUGUGCUUAGAAGAAUUCCUGUAUUGUAAAUUACAUAAUUAAUUAUUGUAGAUCAACAUUGAUGUACCAUCUAAAAUGAAAUCUCCUGUAUUUUUUUCAUACGAAGUUUCAUCUUUCUUUUAAAACACAGAUAAAUACUUUAAUAGCAUCCCAUAUGAUUAAUUGUAUGGAGACUCAGAUUUUGAUACUUCAAUUUGUGAUCAAUAUAAAACUAAUCAAGAAAUGGGAAAAACUUUGAGUGUUACUGGAAAAGCUUUAGCAUAAGAUGAAAUAGCUAUACCAUGUGGUAUUGCUGCAUAUUCAUAUAUGAAUGGUAAUGAUGAAAGUUAAAUUAUUUUUAAGAUGAAUUUUCAUUGAUUAAAGAUGGUAAACAAAUUCCAAUUACUGAUAAAGGUAUUGCAUGGGAAUCUGAUAGAGAAAAAUUUACAAAUAUAAAUUUAGAUAAAUAAUGGAUAGACAUGGAAUCAGGUGAUUAUUUUCAUUUAAAUUAGAAAGAUUUAUAAAUUGGAUGAGACCAUCUCCUUUAAGUAGAUUUAGGAAAUUAUGGGGAAGAAUAGAUUAAGAUUUAGAAUCUGGAAAAUAUACAGUUAACAUUCAGAUUAGUAAAUAAUUAAAAAUAUAUACAAUAUUAGAAACCAAUGAUGCCUUUACAGAAACUAAGAAAUAUGUUCUUCUACAUAAUAAUGGAUAAUUCUCAGAUCCAAUUUUAGUGAUAACAUUACCAUGUCUCUGUAUUGGCCCAUUUUUAAUUAUUUUUGGGCUAAUAAAUUUGAUUUAUUGGGGGAAAAAAUAAAAUUUGAUCAAAAAAUACAGAAUUUAUUGAUUUC